AACUUCAAACCACGAUAAACUUAUUUCGUGGUUCCGUGUAUUUACAAUAAUCACAUCUUGAGGGAAAUAACAUCGGAAAGCUUUUUUAAACAAAUACAUUAAUCAUGGAAGAAGUUGAUUCUAUUAUAUUACAUUUUCUCCGUCAGCUGAAUGUAAAUAUUGAUGAAGGUGUCAAGAACAUUUGUGAGCUCCCAGUGGAAGUAAUCAUUGAGUCUGCAUCAAAAUGCCUGAGUGCUAUCAGUACAUCUAUAAAAGUCCCAACUAAAUUACCAACAGGAAUAUCCCACAGAAUUGAGGUAGCAGCACACAUAGCUUUGAUCUGCAAGGAUUUGGGAUACAAAAAUGAUGUAGGAUACCAAACCUUUCUAUACUACAAUGAAGCCGAGUUGCGACAAGUUUUUAUGUUCCUCAUAGAGCGGUUGCCAACAGAAAACAAAGCAGUCAAAUCUGCUCCUGGAAGUUGUAAGUCCUCUCUUAUGCAAGCCAUAAGUAAUAGGAUCCAGGAGGAGCUUGCUGCUGUGUGGAUCCCUCCAUGUUGCAAUCCUUCCCAUACACAGCCUAUUGGAGAUUGUGUGCAAAGUCCCUUAGUUAUUCAUAAAUUACCAAGAACUGGUCUUAAUGAACAAGAAAUAAUAUUGAAAUUGAAGGAAAUGAAAGAAUUUAACCAGAAAAGUACUAUUGUGCAGAAAAGUACUGAAAUCAAGAAUGACUUGGAGAUAGCUUGUGAAGAAAAGCCUAGUACACCUGUUAGUUAUGAUACCAAUAAACCAUUGAAGGAGUUAAAGGAAACUGCAGUCAUUCUGAGGCAAAAGUUAGAUGAACUUAAAAGUGAUAGCAACCUUAUGGAAGCUGAGUUUUUACAGAUCCAAAAAUCAAAAGACAGAAUUGAAGCAGAUUUAAGAAAUGUACAAAAUAUCCUACACAGCAUUGGUAUAAGCAACAAUGAUAAUGAAGAUGCAACUAAUGUACUAGAAAAAGUACAAAAAGGCAUGAAUGUGUUACACAGGAAGAGUGAGGAGCUUACUUCUAAAAACUUAUCCCUAAAAGUUGAGAUUGACAAAAUCCAAAGCAGCAUUCAUAAUUCUGAGUCUGAAAGGAAUAGAGCCAGAAACACCCUGAUUACAUUAAAGGAAUCUGCAAAAGCUAUGAAAGAUGAAUAUGACAAAAAGGAACAGAACAAAAACCAAUUGAAGCAUAACUAUGAAAAAUUAAAGGGAGGUAAUAAAAGGUCACUUUAUACUAAAAGAAUCCUUGAAAUAAUCAGCAAUGUAGACAAACAAAACAUGGAAAUAAAAAAAAUACUGGAUGAUACAAGAGAAUUACAAAAAGAGAUUAACACACUGGAAGGGCAACUUGACAGAUGUUUUGCAAUUGCUGAUGAAACACUUUUUAAGGAUGCUAAAAAAGAUGACCAAGCCAAGAAAGCUUACAAGUUACUGGCCCUGUUACAUUCAGAGUGCAAUACCAUUGUUUCACUUGUUAAUGACACUGGUACUUUUGCUAGGGAUAUUGUAGACAUUGAAGACAAUAUCAAAACUGAAAAAGCAAAACGGACUGAAGAUACACUAGAGAAAAUCCAACUGGAUCUUAAAAUGAUGCUAGAACAACAUUGUUAAUAGUAUGGACUUUAUUCUUUAAAAAGUGUAUGUUUUAGAAUUCAAAUGUGUU